AUGGCUCCUGGAAAGUGGGACGACGAAGAGUCCGGCUCCGACUCAUCCUCACCCGCCGCCGCCCCUAUCGCCCGCCGCAGCAAGUUCGACGAUGAGGAGGAAGACGAUGUCCUAGACGCAUGGGACGAAGCCGAGGACUCCGAAGUCGAGCGCGAGAAGGCGAAGAAGGCGGCCGAGGCCAAGGCCAAGGCUGAGGCCGAAGCAAAGGCAAACCACAAGAGCAAGGCACAGCGCAUCGAGGAGCACAGGCAGGCGGCUCUGCGCCGACGACAGCUGGACGAGGACUACGAGUCGGAGGAGGAGACCGAGGAGGAGCGCCGCCAGAGGCUUCGUCAGGCCGAACAGGACGGCUCGCGCGCCCAGGCCGAAGAGCUCUUCGGUGAGCUCAGCGUCGGAAAGGCCAAGACUGCAAAGGCUGUCACCGUCUCCGACGAGAGCGACCCCACCAAGUCUGUCGACCUCAGCGCUCUCUCCAUCUUCAACCCCAACACCAAGGACCAGUUCACCAAGCUGCGCGAGACCCUUACACCUCUCAUCGUCAACAACUCCAAGAAGGGCCAGUACUCGUUGUUCUUGCAAGAGUUCGUCAAGGGAAUCUCAAAAGAGCUGCCUAGUGACCAGAUCAAGAAGAUUGCGUCUGGUCUGACUACCUUGAGCAACGAGAAGAUGAAGGAGGAGAAGGCCGCCGAGAAGGGUGGAAAGAAGACCAAGGCAGCAAAGACCAAGACCAGCUUGAACGCUACAAGGGAUGUUGGUCGUAAUGCGGACACAUCAACAUACGACAACGACGACUUUGGCGAUGACGACUUCAUGUGA